GAGGAGGAGGAGGAGGAGGAGUGAAGAUGGCGGCCCCGGCCAGGCAGUAUGGACUUAUUUUGCCAAAGAAAACACAGCAGUUGCAGCCUGUUUUGCAGAGACCUUCAGUGUUUGCUGAAGAAUCUGAUGAUGAGACCUCUGUGGGUGAGAGUCUUCAAAGGGAAGCAUUUAAGAAGCAAGUGAUGAAACAGACCAAACUUGAGAUCCAGAAGGCUCUGGCAGAAGAUUCAACAGUCUAUGAAUAUGACAGCAUUUAUGAUGAAAUGCAACAGAGGAAGGAGGAAGCUAAUGCCAAAGUGCUUUCAGGAAAAGAUAGAAAGCCCAAAUAUAUCCACAACCUCCUCAAAGCAGUUGAGAUAAGAAAGAAGGAGCAGGAAAAAAGGAUGGAAAAGAAGAUACAGAAAGAAAGAGAAAUGGAAAAGGGAGAAUUUGACCAUAAAGAAGCAUUUGUGACAUCUGCGUAUAAAAAGAAACUGCAAGAGAGAGCCGAAGAGGAAGAAAGAGAAAAGAGAGAAGCUGCCCUAGAAGCAAGAUUGGAUGUCACCAAACAGAAAGAUCUAAGUGGAUUUUACAGGCAUCUCUUAAAUCAAACAGUUGGGGAAGAAGAGGUACCUGACUGCAGCCUCCGGGAAGCCGGUUCUAGGAUAAAGCAAGAGAAACCAAGAGGUUAUGCUGAUGAAAUGAGCCCAGAGAACCGAAGUUCAGAGGAGAGAACCAUUCCCAAAACGCACAUGAAAAAGGACAACCCAGAUGCCGACAGUGACUUUGAUGAGAGCAGUGAAGAUGAGGAAGAGAAAAACGGCAGAGUGAGAUGUCAGAGAAAGGGAGGUGCUGACAGCUCGGAGACUCUGUCCAGGCACCAGAGGAGCCAGACACACUCGAGGUCAUCCAGUGAGGAAGGGGGUGGACCCCUCAAACAGAGCCACACAAAGAGCUCUAGAGUAAAAGACCGAGGGACACCUGAAAGGCAGAGAGGUGAUCCAUCCCAAGAAAGGGACUGUGAGAGAAGGCCCAAGGAUCGAGAAGAAAAGCAGGAUCAGCCCAGGCACGGAGAGCCGCACAAGAAAGAUAGCUCUAGGAAUCGCCCCGAACACGAAGAUAAACCGAGGAGAAAGGAUAGAAGAGAAAUGGAGGGGAACAACAAAGAACAAAGAGAGAAAGUUUGGGAAGACAGGUGUUCCGAAAGAGACAGGCCAAAAAAUGAUAGAUACCGAUCCAUUGAGGACAGAGAAAAAUGCAAAGAAAAGGAGGACCAUUGGAAGGAAAGGAAAGACCGACACAACAAGGAUGAUAAAUGUGGAGACAGAGAUCGGAGUACUUCCGAAAGGGACGGAGGCAGGAGGGAAAGCAGUCCGAGGGCUGGAACCAAGGUGAGGCCUGGGCAGGAAAGUGCCCCAAAGGAGCCAGGAAGGGGAGAAGAAGGAGGCUCCAACUCUGGCAGGCUGCCCGGGCCCAAGGGCCGCCCCGCAGAGGAGGAGCAGAAAGACAAAGGGCCUAAGCUGGUGAGCAAGUUUGCAAAACGGAGCAGUGCGGAGACUGUUAUGUCAGCAAGGGACCGUUACCUGGCCAGGCAAAUGGCCCGUGUGAGUGCCAAAACCUACAUUGAGAAAGAGGAAGAUUAAUGUCAUUUCAGCUAAGCCAAAUGAGAGCGAAAGUGACUGAGGCGAAAGUAGCCACCCCCUGGAUCUGGGUGAAUGUAAAUACAUUAUUUGUGAACUGGCAGGACUUAGCUUUAUACUCUGUAGUCCAAUAAAAUAGUCACAAUUUGGAUUGAGAGGAAAAGCAAAGGUUGGCUCAUCUACCUUUUACGUUUGGUCCAAUUUGCCGAAAUGGUCGGUUUUCCUUUGGCCGGGGUUGGGGGUGGGGGUGGUUUUGGCUCAUCCGCAGCUCGUAGCAUUCCAGCAGCGGUUGUCAGUAACAAUGUCACAAUCUGCCUGAGUCCCGGGGCUUUGUAGUGCCCUUGACUUGCAAGGUCUGGAGAAAUGACUAAAAGCAGAAUAGAAUUAUAGGAAAAUAAAUCACCAGCCUAGCAGGACAGUUGUAUGAGGGCGCAUGUGCAGAUGCUGUUGUGUAAAUGGUCAAUUUUGAAUUUCAGUUUGAACUACGUGGUUUGGAGGCUGUGAUUAAUGUACAGAAAUUCUGUAAUAAAGAUGCCACUUAGAGCUC